AUUUAAUUUUAUUGUAAUGAAUAUAUAUAUAUAUGUAUUACAGGACAAAUCUUCCAAGGGAAAUAAUGCAAAUACCCGAUUUUCCAAUGAAGGAGGACGAAGGAUCGUCAUUUGUUCAUCACAGCGUAAUUCGAGAGUAUCUUUGGGAUUAUGCAAAACAUUUUAAUUUAUAUCCGCAUAUUAAGUUAAACACAUUGGUGAAACAAGUGGAGCCAGAAACUUUACGAAAUGGACAGACGAUCUGGAUGAUCACGUAUCAAGAUUUAGAAACUAUGGUGGAAACGACUAGAACGUUCGACGCCGUUGUUUUGUGCAAUGGUCAUUACACCGUAGGGCACAUUCCACACAUCCCGGGUAUCGAAAGUUUUCCUGGAGAAUCGAUACACAGCCAUCAGUACAGAGUGCCGGAAAUGUUUGCCAGGAAGAAAGUUUGCAUUCUGGGUGCAUCUUGGUCUGGCAUCGAUAUCGCCAUGGAGAUCUCUCAACACGCAGAAAAGAUAUAUUUAAGCCACAAUCUACCUGAGAGUGUUGGUUCGCAAAUGUCGAACGUCGUAGAGGAGAGGCCUGGAAUCCAAUCGAUUCGGAACAUAUUCAUCUUCCGCGAUGGUUCCACCGCUGAAGUAGACAACUUCAUAUAUUGCACCGGUUAUAAAUUUACGUAUCCCUUUAUGUCGACUAAAGUUGAGAUGCGUACGGACGACAACCACGUCGAGCCGAUUUACAAACACCUGAUACACAUGGAUUAUCCGAAUUUAUUCGUGAUGGGAUUGCCCGGAAUAGUAAUUCCAUUUCCCAUGUUCCAUCUGCAAGCUCAGUAUAUUUUAGGUAUUUUGGAAGGUCAGAUCAAACUGCCUUCAACCAAACAAAUGUACGAAGAGUACGAGAUGGAGAAGAAAGCUCUGCUAGAUCGCGGAAUUCCGCUAAGGCAUAUCGUCAAAUUAAAGGAACGACAAUGGGCGUACUAUGAUGAAAUAGCCACGGCUGCUAAAAUUCCAAGCUUCCGUCCAGUAAUCAAAAAGAUCUAUGACCACUCGAAUCAAAUGCGCGAGAACGAUUUCACCACUUACAAGAAUUACCAAUAUCGCAUAAUCGACGAUGAAAAUUUCGUAGCUUGUUACUGUAAACCUUGUUAAGGUCUUAAACGCGAGGACCAGAUAUUUCAGAUAAUGAUUAUUUUGAACUGAAUCAAAGUUCGCAAUUGCUUCGCAUUCUCAGUGAUACUGCUUGCCCUUUUUCUUUAAUUAAAAAGCAAAAGCACGUCAGCGUCUUUAUUUGUCGGGCCGGAAAUGUUAGUGUAUACAUUGUCGACGUAAAACAAUUCGUAGGACGCUAGAAACUUCGAACGCGCAAAUUCUUUUAGCGUUUCGCAUACUUCUUUACGAAGUAAAGCGCGUGUCGAGACGAGAAUGAAUACAUAUUACGAAAUCGAAUGCAUUAAGUAAUGCUUGUAUGUAUAGAAACGCGUUUGAUGCAUUUAAGUAUCAUUUACAAGAUACGUUUUAACGCGAAAAUUGCACGUGUAUGUGCAUAAAGAACGCGUCAAAUUGUAUUGUAUUGUUACUUAUAUCGAUUAAAAAUGAAGUACAUUGUACAAAUUAUUAAAAAAAAUAUAUAUAUAUAUUUUUACAAAUGAGA